GAGAGGCCGGAGCCUGGGUCAUUGAGCCCGAGGACCUGGGCUUCCUGGUGGCCAUCACAGUUGGCUGUCCUCCCAGAUCAGUGGAGUAAUGAGCAACCGAGCUGCCUCUGGGGGAGGAAACAGUUAAAGUCCUACCGCAGCUGCAGUCCUCUGGGCGUGGUUCUACUGUCUGACUCGGGCUCCGGAUCCUGGGCCCAGAGGCAGAGGAAGCCCAGCUCGGCAGCGGCAGACCGUCUACAUGGCUGAAUUGGAUCUGAUGGCUCCAGGCCUGCUGCACGGGGUCCCCGCUCACCCUCCGGCCACUCUCAGCCCAGACUCUGGCUCGGCCAGUCCUGCAGAGGAAGAGGACCCGGGCUCCCCGGGGAGCCCCCCAGGGGAAACUGGGGGACAGGGCUCUGAGUGGCAGGGGGCUCCCGAGGCAGAGGGCCUGGAGGAGGAGGAGGAGGUCCUGUGUGACUUCUGUCUCGGGGCCAGCAGGGUGAAGGCCGUCAAGUCCUGCCUGACCUGCAUGGUGAACUACUGCCCGGAGCACCUGCGGCCGCACCAGGAGAACAGCAGGCUGCACGGCCACCAGCUGACCGAGCCCGCCAGGGACCGGGACCUGCGGCUGUGCCCCGCGCACCGCAGCCCACUGACCGCCUUCUGCGACCCCGAUGGGCAGUGCAUCUGCGAGGAGUGCAGCCAGGCCGAGCACAGGGGCCACGCCUUGGUCUCCCUGGACGCCGCCCGCAGGGACAAGGAGGCUGAGCUUCGGAGCACCCAGUUAGACCUGGAGCAGAAACUCAAGUUGAAUGAAAAUGCCAUCUCCAGGCUCCAGGCUAACCAUAAAUCUGUCCUGGUAUCAGUGUCGGAGGUGAAGGCCAGGGUGGAGGAGCAGUUCGGGGAGCUCCGUGCUGCCAUGACAAAGGCCCAGGCCGACGUGAUGCUCUUCCUGGAGGAGAAGGAGCAAGCUGCCCUGGGCCAGGCCAAUGGCAUCAAGACCCACCUGGAGUACAGGAGUGCAGAGAUGGAGAAGGCCAGGCAGGAGCUGGACAGGAUCGCUGCCAUUGGCAGUCCCGUGCUGUUCCUGGAGGAGUACUGCAAGUUCAAGAACACGGAGGACAGCGCCUUCCCCAGCGUCUACAUAGGGCUCAAGGACAAGCUCUCGGGCAUCCACAAGGUCAUCACGGACUCCACUGCCCACCUGAUCCAGCUGCUGCAGAGCUAUAAGGAGAAGCUCCAGGAGUUCUCCAAGGAUGAGGAGUACGACAUCAGAACCCAGGUGUGUGCUGUCAUUGAGCACAGACAUCGGACCUCAAAACCCGAGCCCUGCACCAGGCCGCAGUUCCUCCAGUAUGCCUGUGAUGUUGUCUUCGACCCCGACACGGCACACAGGUACCUCCGGCUGCAAGAUGACAACCGCAAGGUCACCAACACGGCGCCCUGGGAGCACCCGUAUCCCGACCUGCCCAGCAGGUUCUCACACUGGCGGCAGGUUCUGGCCCAGCAGAGCCUGUACCUGCACAGGUACUACUUCGAGGUGGAGCUCUCGGGAGCGGGCGUCUAUGUGGGCCUGACGUGCCAGGGCAUCGACCGCAAGGGCGAGGAGCGCAACAGCUGCAUCUCCGGGAACGACUUCUCCUGGAGCCUCCACUGGGAUGGGAAGGGAUUCAGGGCAUGGCACAGCGAUGCGGAGACCCUGCUCAGCGCCAACGCUUGCCGGAGGCUGGGGGUCUAUGUGGACUUCCCCGGCGGGGGCCUCUCCUUCUACGGCGUCGAGCCUGAGACCCUGACGCUGCUGCAUAGGUUCCAGUGUAAGUUUUCGGAGCCCGUCUACCCAGCCUUCUGGCUUUCCAAGAAGGACAGUGCCAUCCGGAUUGCGGAUCUUGGAGAGGAACCUGAGAAGCCAGGGCCGGCCCUGGUGGAGUCUGCUGCCUAGAUGCUGAUCCAGGUCUCAGACCUGUGCUGACACACGGACAGGUGGCAGUUUUCAUUGGAAGACUGACUGGGGGUCUCUGCCAGCACCUGCUGGCUUUAGAAAUUGUGUGGGGAUGAGGGGAAGGGUCUCUGGUCGCCGCCUGGGCGCCUCACUGCACUGGUCCCCGUGUUUGCAGUAAUCCUCAAACCCUAGGUCCCCCUCACCAUCUUCUUAUGAUCUUGUCCUGUCUGCUUGGGUGGACCGCACGCUGUGCCCAGAGUUGGUCACCAGGCAACCUUAGAGCGAUCAGAAAGACUGCAGAGGAAUCAUAACCAAUGGCUAACCUUGUCUUACUCCUGCGUCCCCUGUUCUGAGCGCCUCCUGGGCCUCAGCCCUUGUGACCCUCUCGGCAGCCCCAUGGAGAGGUGCUCAACCACCCCCACUUGGCAGAUGGACAGGCUGUGGUCCAGGGGGUUAGUGAACUCACUCAGGGUCACUGUGGUCACGUGGAGAGUGAGUGGCCAAGCUGGGAUUCAAACCUGACAUCGAACUUCUAACCACCACCCCGCACUGCCCUCGUCCUUAGAUCACAGGUGUUGUGUGUAAGGGAAUAAACUACAAGGUGAACUGCAUUUGUGAGCAUGGAGAGUCUGACAGCCUCAGUGGCUUUUUGUGCCCAUGUCUGAUGGGCCUUGCAGCUGUGCUGUGACGGAGAGCUCACUACCUCACAGGCAGCUCUCCUGGCUUGGGCACAGUGAGAACUCAGGACUGUCUUCAUAGGGUCCACAUCCUAGUCCCUGUGACCUCGGCAGAUGGCCCUAGCACCUCUCUUCUGGAGCCACCUAGAUGGUGAGGACGUGUCUAAUUCCUUAUCCAGCGGUCAGUUGUCUACACACUUAGGGGUAGCUCUCAUGGGUCCCCCAGGAAUAUGUGUGUUUUCACAUCUUAUUUGCCAGUUGCUUUGUGGUUUCCAGAUCUUUUACCCCUCUGGUCACUUUUUCUUCCUUUCGACAGAUUGUUCCCUAAAAUUAAAGGUUCCUUAGUCCUUAUUCUUGCUCAAUAGUGUCUGACUCUGCGACCCCAUGGACUGUAGCCUGCCAGGCUCCUCUGUCUAUGGGAUUUCCCAGUCAAGAAUACCAGAGUGGGUUGCCAUUUUCUUCUCCAGGGGAUCUCCCUGACUUGGGGAUUGAAUCUGCGUCUCAUGUGUCUCCUGCACUGGCAGAUGAUUCUUUACCGACAUCAAACCUUUAGGCAAAUGACAAACUGUAUCUCAAUGGGUUUCUGAGGACAUAACCUGAAGUCCCUUCUGGGACUCACUGGAAAUAUAACUUCUGGGUCUUUUCCAUGACCUGUGUCAAGGCAAGCCUCUUCCUCCUUGCCCUGUCUGGUCAUCCUGUCUCAAGAGCACAUUAUCUCAGCAUCACUUGACUUGUUUCCGGAGACCCUGUCAGACAUUUGAAUCAUAGGAUUUACACAGUGUAGGGUUUUAAUUUUCAAACUGAAUUUAAAGUUUUUGAAUUUUAUUGACUUUUAAAAAAUUUGAAUUGUAAAACUCAUCACAUCACUGCUGCUUGUGGAGAUAGAUUUGUUUCAUGAUCCUAUCAGGUUAUAACAGCUCUCCUUCCUAUCCUGCAGAAAUUGGUGACCUUUUCUUAAAUCUUACUCUUGUUGAUACAUAAAUUUGUUAGAGUCUUGCAGUCGU